AUGGCACCAAUCACGAUCAUCGCUGUUAUGAUGAAUCACAUUCGAACCAAAAAGUACCAGUCAGUGCACGAGGCUGCGCCGGAGCUGCAAGAGGAGGCAGCGAAAGUCCUGGCGCAAGCGCUGGACAAGCACGAGGACAAGGUUUUCCGCAAAAGUGGCGCUGAGGGCCUGGGAUACCUCGGGGAGGCGGCAAUGAA